CCACCAAAUGCAUAGUUUCUUCUGGAAUACUCUGGUCCGCCCGCCACAAAAUGUCUCUUUUCGGCUUGCUUGUAUCUGGACGUCUGCCUCAAUCGGAUUUUGUGGCUGUGGACUCCACAAAACUCCUAAUAAAUGUCCCCGACAUCGAAUCCGUCAACUACCUGGUGGUGUUUCUCACCGGCGUCUCGCCACUGCCCGCCGGAACCGCUGCCGCCAUAUAUUUUAGCUGGCCCGAUGCGAACGCGGCGCCCACAUGGCAGUACCUGGGUCACAUCAACAACAACAAGCCCUCGGCGAUCUUUAAGAUUGCCCAGUUAAAGAAGAGCCACGAACUGGAGGCCCAGGCCCAUGGCAUGGUCUUUGGCACACAGGAGAUCUCCCACAUAGCCCAGAUUGGGGUUUCCCUGGAACCGGAGCUUACGGUAGCCCAACAAACGCCAGCUGUGUCCACUGCCAAUGACAACAAACAGUUUGGCCAGCGAAUGCUGGAGAACUUCUUCAACUACGCCUCCAGUUUUGGAGUGUCAGCUAGAGAAAUACCACCUGCCUCGAGCGAAACCUUUGUGCCCUUCUCCGUUGUCCAAAAUUGGUUCACAAACUUUCAGCGGCGCAUGGAACAGAAUCCCAACUUCUGGAAGUAUUGACUCUGCAUUUAAUGGAGGGGGAGGACGGGGUAUUUUAACGCAAAUUGUUGAUAUUACGAGUAAAGUUUUAUAUGUGUAAUCAUUUAA